AUGAAACGGGCUACUAAUGACCUAAAGGUUCUGCUGUCCCUCCGGGGCGUGGCGAGCAACGUGGUUCAGAUUGAGGAAGCAUACGGCGACAAGAAGUCCCUCUUCAUAGUCAUGGAGCUCUGUGCCGCGGGCGACCUCGCGUCGCAUAUAAAGCGCAAGGGGCCAAUGUCGGAAGACGCAGCACGGGAGGUGUUCCUCUCCGUCGUCCUGGCCGUGAAGCAGUGCCACGAACACGGCGUGAUUCACGGCAGCGUCGCCCCCGACCACGUGUUGCUCAGGCAAUCCCCCUCCGCUAUGCUUCACCGCGCUAGCUGCUCCGUGCCGUCGUCUCCCACGUCGCCCUUCAUCGCUCCCCCAGGUGUGCCUAUUGGGCCACUGCUCAGCCGACGCCUGGCGAAGGCGUCGACGCCGGCUAGCCCGGGGAUGCCGUGCCUCGCUUCCGCCAGUGACAGCGGUGCCAGCUGCACUCGGAGAAGCGUGAAUUUCAGCAGGGAUAGUCGGAGCAACUCAAGCGGCGGUUUGUGUAGGGCUGGCAGAGAUGAGAGCGAGAGCAGCAGCUGCAAAGGUGGAAGAAGUAGCAGCAGGUGCUGGAGCUCUCCUGUCGCCAAGCUGUCGGGCCUUGGCGCCGCCACACAGCACGAAACAGUGCGCGCCGUCGCUGCUGCACUAUUGGGCCACGGCGUGCCACGGCAUCAUGACAUCUGGGGCCUGGGGCUGGUCCUGCGUGCCAUGCUAUCGGGUCACGUGUCCAGAUGGCCGCAGCAGGAGUUGAGGCGCAGCGGGUUGGGGCUGGAUGGGGUGUCAGAGCAGGCGAGGGAGUUGAUCCAACGGUUGAUGGACGACGACGUGACAAAACGGCCAACGGUGGAUGACAUCUUAAAAGAUCCGUGGGUGGUUGGGGAGGAGCAGAGUGGGGAAGAGGAAAGAGAGAGGGGAGCGGCAGAACCCAAGUACAGUGUGAUCUUAACUCAGCGGAGCACCUUUCACUUGCGCCUCAAUCGCCAGAGCCAAGCACCAUCGAUGGGGUCGCGCGAGGUGGAUUCGCGGGUCUCUGCCGUCAACCUGCCGCCUACACGGCCCGUAGGCGGCGCGCGUGCAUCACCCAGCUCUGCUGCGUGCGUGCCUGCCGGCAACGACAGCAGCAGCGGUGACGCCACGAACAGCAGCGACAAGCGCUAUGCUGGCGAAGCCAGAAGCGGCGCCAACAUGCCUGCUGCGACAGCCGACAUUCCCCGCUCCCUGCGGCCUAUCCGCGUCCCAUCCUCCUCAACCGCCGCCCUUCCCCCGGUUCCCCCGUCCUCCCUGGCCCGCGCCGCGAUGGCAGCAGGAGGAUCCGCCGAAAAGAUCGCCGCUAGCGGCGGAGGCGCUGAUCUCGAUCGCCGCUCCGGUGGGCUCAAACUCAACGGUCAAAACGACGGCUCGCAUAUCCGCGCAGGCGACGCGGCGAAUCUGAGUUUUGGGCGAUGGUGCUCCGGGGACGCAGUGGAGGCACGGAGUAGGCGCAGCGGGUGCAGCAGCAAAGAGAGCAGCGAUGUAGACGCGGGCCAGUGGCGAGGUGACGAUGACGCCAGUGCUCCUGCUCCCCGUGCUGCAGCUGCUCCCGCCCGCACCACCGUCGCUACUGCUACGGCGCAUGGCGACGCCUCUCACGGCACGCGCGAGGGCGAAGGCGGCGAGUCAUGCGGGGCGCGUGGCAAUGAGGGCGGGGGGACGAGGGGCGGUGGUGGGGCGGAGAGUGACGCUGCGGGCGGGACGAGGGAGGAGGGCAGGCGUGGAGAGGCGAGCGAGCAUGCAGGCGCGCGAGGGCGUGGCGGAAUGGGCGCAGGGCCUUGCGCGGACAGCACGAUGGACGUCGGUAGCAGCGCGCGCGGUGGUGGUGGCAGGGGCGCGUGGCGGUUUGACGAGGGCAUGACAGGCGACGGCGUGUGGCCCGUGGAGCAGGACGCACUGUGGGCAGCGCAAGGGGGGUGCGCGCACAGGGGGAGCGCGCGGGGGAGUGCGGAGGAGAGAUGGGGCGAGAGAGUGAGUGAGAAUUCGAGUGGGAGAGUGUGGUGGGUGGAAAAAGAGAUGUGCAGAGGAGAGGAAGUGGCGGGAGGAGGUGGGGGGGGCGGCGAGGUGGAGAGGCGCGCGUGGGUGGAUGUGGGGGGUCGUGCAGAUGCGAGUGCGGAGGAGCGCGAGUACUCGCUGCUGUGCCACUCGCCCAGAUACGCCGCGUAUCGAGACCGAAGGUCGUCGGCGCAGCAGGUGCAGGCGAGUGCGUCAUCACGGCUGCACGAGGCGCAGGUGCGUCGCUUCCGCUCCACGCUGCGCUUCCUGGGCCUCGACACCUCGUCGCGCCGCUGGGCCGUGCUCACGUGGGGCACUGGCGUGGCGCUGCUGCUCGUCGUGCCGUGCGGCCUCUACGCCUACGUGCAGCCCGCCGACGACCUCCCCCAACACCAACUGCCCUUCCAGCUACUCGUGCUGCUGCUGCACAACUCGCUGGGCGUGGUGGCGUUUCUGUUCCUGCGGGCGGCGCUGCGCACGCACGGGCUGCACGCGGUGCUCUUCCUGGACUCCGCGGCACAGGAGGACGAGGCGCUGCAGGCGCAGUACCUGCACGCACUGCAGCAAAACCGUGCAAUGCUGCUAUGGCUGCUGAUGCCGCUCUUCCUGCUGCAUCUGCUGCACAAGGCGCUGCUCUUCGCCUGCAUACCCUUGCGCACGGAGCCGCACCUGCUGCCGCCCCGCUACCACGUGGUGCAGCUGGCGCUGCUGUUCCUGCUGGGCUCCAUCUCCUGGCUCUUCGCCGCCUCCACCUUCCUCUUCACCUGCGUGCUCUUCUCCAAGGCCUGCUCCCUGCAGGAGCUGAAGAUGCAGGGGUACAGGGACGUGGUGCAGCGGUGCAGCGACCCCGCCUUCUGCUUCUUCGAGUACACGCGCAUCUCUGCAGGGCUGGCAGGCAUCAGCCGCCGCUUCCGCCUCUUCCUGCUGCUGGCGUUCGCCAUCACGCUGCUGGGUGCGCUGGCGUCCAUGUUCCACAUGGUGCAGUACCGCGAUGGGCCCACGCUCCUCUCCUUCCUCAACUCCGGCCACCUCAUUGUGAGUCGCGCUGCCUCCUUGUCAUUCUCACCACUUGCCAUGCCCCCCUCAUUCAAUGCUUCUUUUGGUUCCCACACUGCCGUCCCGCGCAUGUCUGUUGUGACAUUGCGGUGGCAGGUGGCGAACGUGGUGGCGCUGGUGGGCACGGGCAUGUGUCUGCGCUGUGCCUCCAAGCUCGCCCACCUGCACCGCCGCAUCGUGCGAGUCGCCGCCGCCAUGCACGCCCAGCACACCUUCGACUCCGCGCCCCUCCUCCCCCCCACUCCCUCCCUCUCCUUCCCCCCUGCAUUUCCACCGCCAUUCGCUCACACUGCCCCUCCUGCUCUCCUGCAGCCUACAGCCCCCGCUCUCUCGCCCUUCGCCCCCGUAUCAAUCCCCCCUCGCCACAGCUCUCCACCCUCCAGCGUGCUGUGCCCCCAACCUUCCCUGCCCGCCGCCCACCCCUCGUUUGACCUCACCACUGCCCCUUGUGCUGACCUGGUGGACCGCGCAUACACUGGCUCACCCGUGCUGCGCCCGUACACCACCUCACUUGCCCACAGCACCACCACCACCACCACCAGCAACAGCAGCAACAGCAACAGUGACACAACCUCUGGUCGCAGAUUCACAACUGGCAGCUGCAGCAGCACCACGCCUUCAUGCCCCUCCACUACUCCCCUACAUGGCCCCCAUCGUUCUCCAUCCAGGGGGCUCACUGAACCCCUGUUACACACACCACGUGGGCAGCACGCAGAAGCAGCACCAUGGCCUGCCCAGGAGCCUGCAGUGCUCGCAAGCCAUGGCGCAGCACAAGGGCAUGUGCAUGGGAUGGAGGGGGGGGGGUGGGGAGGUAGGGAUGGAGAGAUGGCGCUGACACUGGAGCUGCUGCAGAGACAGGAGGCAUGGGCACAGCGCGCUGCUCUUGGUACCCCCACUGCCUCCUUCCGAUGUCUCCCCACCCCCCCACGCUCACAUGCUUCCACUCCUUGUAUGUCUCUCCUCACUCUCCUGUGUGCGACCCCUGCUGGCACCAUGUUCUGUGGGAGUCCCUUGCACUUCCUUGCUCAAUGCUCUGCCAUCAUCCCAUGCAUCGCAUUUGUCAUCCCAUCUGCUGUGAAUGCUCUGCCACUGACCCUAUGUUCGCUCCCUUACGGCCGCAUCGACCCCUUGUGCUGUCCCUCCCCGCGCCCUCUGCUUCCAACAGUCAACUUCCUGUCCAGCUCAGCAGUGGGAAUCUCCGUGUACGGGUUUGUACUCGAUAGAGUCUUCAUCCAUACAAGCGUGGGAGCAUUGCUCACCACCACGUGGUUCAUCCUGGGGCAAUCUCUCAGUGCCUCCUUCAAGCCACGUUGA